AUGACUGGAGUGGAUGAAAUCCUAAAUUAUCAAAAAAACCCUGACGACGAUUUUUAUGGGCUGCUAGGAUGCGACGAAAGCUCCUCGGUUGAACAAAUAAAUGCGGAAUAUAAAGUGCGAGCCUUGCAAUACCAUCCUGACAAAAAUGCUGGAGAUAAAGAUGCUGAGGCGAAGUUUCAAAAAUUGAAGGAAGCAAAGGAGACCCUUUGUGACCCCUCAAAGAGGGCUUUAUAUGACAAGUGGAGGAUGAGUGGAAUCUCAAUGGGAUACAAACAGUGGUUUGGGAUGAAAGACCACAUUCAACAGUCUAUGCAUUGGUCCAAGCCUAACACCAAGGAUCGUAUGUUGGAAGAUGACUCUGGUCGUGCCUCAGGACCAUCCAGCCUGGGGCCAAGCAAUGCUGCUGCCAGGCGGGCAUCUGAAGGAGGAGCUAAUCUUUGGGGACGGUGGGGAGGUGGAAACCAAGAACCACCAACUGAAGUUAUCUCUAAAUUCCGCAAUUAUGAAAUCUAA